AUGGUGUCCAACAUUAACAUAAAUCACUGGACCACGGGUAAAGCGUUGCCCGCCAUGGAUGAAGCACUUGCCCGGCUAUCGGAGUCUCUUCAACAAGAGCUUCAGUCUCGGAUGCAUCCGCUUGUGCAGAAGUUUUUGGCCGAAUCCGUCGAGCUCUGUAGGCAAGUUUGCGCUCAGCAGUUUGCAGAGUUCCAGAAUCAUCAGUCCCAGCUGCAUGUGGCAGCCGAUCCGGUAGUCACGGCUGUAACCGAGGGAAGAGGGCCCACACGUGAGGAAGCUGCGAAGCAAGCAGCGAAGUUGUUGGUUUCUUCUGCAAUCCUGGUUUCAGCCACGGCAGAAUCUGCAUCUGCCAGGGAAGCCGCUGAACCAAGCAAAGCUGCCCCGGCUGCGAGCCCCGCGGCCCAUCCAAAAGCCAUGAUGCCAAAAGCUGCAGCCAAGCCGAAGCAGGUCCCUCCCAAGGCCAAGGCCGAUGCCAGGAAGAGCAUCACCGAGCAGGUCAUGGGCGGAGUGGCUGGCUUGCUGUCAGGCAAGGCCUCAGCACCCAAGGCAGCGCCCAAGGCUGAGCCCAAAGCCGAGCCCAAGGCAGCUCCCAAGCCAGAGCCCAAGGCAGAGCCCAAGGCAGAGCCUAAGCCGGCCAAAGCGAAGGCACCUGAGACCUCGGCGUCACUGGCGGCGCCGAGCAUGCUUAGCUACAUCCGCAAGAGCAUCUCAGGCCCGCCGGCCAAGGUCCCUCAAAGCCCGGCCCCGAAGGGCAAGGCAGAGGCGAAGAAGAGCGCCCCCAAGAUGCCAGAGCACAAGGCCACGGUCAAAGCGCCUGCGAAGCCGAAGCCUCCACCCCCGACCGCCGCUGCGACUGCCGAGUCUGCCGAGUCCGCCGAGGCCAGCGCGGAAGUUCUGGGGGACUUGGAAACAUUCUAA